CGUGUACCUUAACCUCAAAUUAACAUAGUUUAGGAUUUGUUACAUUUUACUAUCUUAUUGCUUCUAGAACCAUUUUUGAAUCGAGUACUCUUCUAAUUCGACGAGAAAUGAGCAAUGUGGAGCUUCAGGAGGAGGAAAGAGAAGUUCUGCUUUCAAUAUAUGAAGGAGAUCCUGCGUUUAAAGAGUUGACACCAACUACAUAUCAAUACAAAUUUGGAGAAGAUAAUGAUAUCAAAUCAUUCCUACUGGAAAUCUCGUGGGGUCCUGGAUAUCCUACCGAGAAACCAACUAUCAAUAUGGACACAUUUUACAACAAACACGUUGUCCAAGAGGUGAAGGACAAAGUGGUGGAACAUGUGGACAACGAAGCAGAUCAAUGGCUGGGUUGCGCUAUGACGUACACACUGUUCCAAUCCAUCCAGGAGCAUCUUACAGAUUUACUAACAGCCCAACCUGAUACAAUAGGAGAACUUAAUUCACAAACUAGUAAAUUAACUAUUACAGAAGAUGUUCAACAGGAAUCCACAAAGAAACCGAAGAAGGAACAGUUGAGCAAGGCACAAAAGCGACGACAAUGGAACAAAGCAGAUGGGAAAGGUGAGAAACCUCGUGGAUGGGAUUGGGUGGACAUUGUGAAACAUCUGUCGCAAACUGGUUCCAAACAAGAACAAGAGUCAUAGUUUCAAGUUCCUUCUCUUUUUUGUACAGGUUACAAUGGUAUUAUAUUUUUAUAAAUUGUUGGGAAUAAAUUUAUUUCCUUGCCCAUAUACGUUGCUUCCAAUUAUUUAAUUAUUGUAAAAAACUUAAUUUUAUGUGGGUAAAUAAAGCCAAAUGUUACGUUAUUGAUGUACCAACAG